AUGAACUCUAAUAAAUCCUGUGGUUGUAAAGGAAUUCGGAGUUGUCUCCUUUGUGAAGACAACAAAGACAAAAUUGAAAAUGUGUCGGAAAAGAAAGAAAAAGUGACAUUGAAAUACUGUGAUCUUUGUAAGAAAGCAUGGGCUUGGGGCUUUCAUCCCAAUCAUACUGGGGAUUCCAGAGAUUUUGAAGGAAUUUACUUGCAUGAGGAAUUUAUUGAUGAGAUUCUGGAAGCUGAAUUGAUCGAUGAAAUAGAUAAAACUGUAUACUCAGAUUCUCAAUCUGGUAGAAGGAAACAGGAUUAUGGACCCAAAGUGAACUUUAAAAAGCAAAAAGUCAAAUAUGAAGUGUUUACAGGACUACCAAAAUACAGUGAAGUUUUGUAUACGACAUUAACAGCUCUUCCAAUAUUAAAAGACUUUAUACCUGUGGAACUAUGCAAUUUAGAAUAUAUUCCUGAAAGAGGGUCUGCAAUAGAUCCUCACUAUGAUGACUUUUGGUUAUGGGGAGAACGAUUAGUUACUAUUAAUUUAAUAUCAGAAACUGUAUUGUAUUUUAUAAAUGAUCAAGAUUCAAACAUAGAAGUACAAGUGACAUUACCACCAAGAUCUUUAGUUGUGGUCUUUGGUGAGGCAAGGCACAAGUGGAAGCAUGGAAUACAUAGAGAUGAUAUUCAGAAUCGUCGUAUAGCAAUGACUUUCAGAGAACUAUCACAGGAAUUUGAAAAAGAUGGAAAGAGCAGCGAAAUAGGAGAAAAAUUAAAAGACAUUGCUUUAACUUUUAAUGGAACUGCCGUUGGAACUAUUCCUAAGAGUUCUUGA